GAUUGACAUACAGAGAGAAAGAGAGAUGGAGCAAAACAAAUUUGUUGGCUUCAUAAUUAUCAUCAGCUUUGCCAUUUCUCUGCAAUUGCCCAGCUCGCUCGCAGAUCCAGCCGAUGGUUUCACAGAGCAAGAUUCCAAAUUUGUGAUUCAGUGGCCAUACGACAAAAGGCAAGAUCAACGCUACAGCUUCAUCAAUGGCGUCCACAGCAUGUGGGUAUUCGACAACGAUAAACCCCACACACCCACCAGCAAAACCAAGCCUCGCACGGAAAUGGGCUUCGCAACAAAGGGCAACAAUGGGAAAUAUGGGAAAUACGUAUCAGGAGUGUGGCAAUUCGAAGCGGAUAUGUACGUGCCGUCAGGAAGCACGGGCGUAGCGUGUUGA